AUGAGGCAAAAGAGAGCAAAGUCCUACAAGAAACAAAUGAAUGUGUACCAUUACACAUUCAAAUUCCGAGAACCUUAUCAAAUUAUAGUCGAUGACGAAAUCGUCACCACUUGUCAAAAAUCAUCCUACGAUAUCAACAAAGGUCUUACUCGAACCAUCCAAGCCGAAAAUAAACCAAUGAUUACCCAGUGUUGCAUCCAAGCAUUGUACAACGCCAAGAACCAAGAUGCAAUCAACUUGGCCAAGACUUUCGAACGAAGGAGAUGUAAUCAUCGCGAAGCUAUAGCUCCAGCAGAUUGUAUUCAAAGCGUAGUUGAUAUCAAUGGGGAAAAUAGGCAUCGGUAUGUAGUAGCGACUCAAGACUUGGACUUAAGGAGGAAAUUGAGACAAGUUCCUGGCGUGCCUUUGGUUUAUAUGAAUCGAUCAGUUAUGGUUAUGGAACCUUUGAGUGAUGCUAGUGCCAAGUAUAGUGAAGAGUGGGAGAAUAAGAAAUUGACUGGAGGGUUGAAUGAUUUGAAAGCGGGAAAAAUUGUUGAAAAGAGUGAGGAAGAUGGUGGAGAAGAAGGUGAUGGGGAAGAUGGUGCACCUGCGAAGAAGAAAAGGAAAGGGCCACCAAAGGGACCUAAUCCGUUGAGUGUGAAAAAGAAAAAAAAAGGGGAGCCUGCAACAGGUGGUAGUAAGGAAGAUGGUGAAAAGAAGAAUAAAAGGAGGAGAAAACAUAAGAAAUCAGGUGAAAAGCAAGGAAAUGGCGAAGAAGAAUGUGAGAACAGUGGAAAUGAUGGCGAAGAUAGAGAUGAUAGACAUAAUGAAAAUGAAGAAAGGAAGGUGGAUGCAAAAGAGAUUAUGGAGACGCCUUCAACGAGAGAAAAUUCGGUUGAUAAUCAGCAUAUUACUGAUGAUGAAGAGUGA